CGGAGCUGCCUUCACAGGAGUGACCUAUGUCUGGAUUCUCUCUGUUUCCCAUCACGUGAUAGGAUGUUGAGUGACAAUGAGGAGGAGAAACCCCAUCAGGAAGCUGCUGAGCAAGUAGAACCACAUGGAACAUUAUCAGGAAGAUCCAAAGGGAAUGUUUCCGGGAGUUGUGCACUUCCAGAAAAAGCAAAAGCCUGUGAGACUCAGGACUGGCUAGAGGAAAACUUCUGUAGCCUCUCAGACCUUAUCACAAGUGAGAGAAUCAACUUGGAAGAGACGCGCUACAGAUGCCACGAGUGCGGGAAAAGCUUCAGUUGGAGAUCUGCCCUUAUCACACAUCGGAGAAUCCACACAGGAGAGAUGCCUUACACAUGCUCUGAGUGCGGGAAAAGCUUCAGUCGGAACUCAGACCUUAUCAGACAUCAGAGAAUCCACACAAGAGAGAAGCCCUACACAUGCUCUGAGUGUGGGAACAGCUUCAGUCGCCAAUCAGACUUCAUCACACAUCAGAAAAUCCACAAAGAUGAGACACUCUACACAUGCUCUGAGUGUGGGAAAAACUUCAAUCAGAGCUCAAACCUUAUCAGACAUCGGAGAAUCCACACAGGAGAGAUGCCCUACACAUGCUCUGAGUGUGGGAAAAGUUUCAAUCAGAGCUCAAACCUUAUCAGACAUUGGAGAAUCCACACAGGAGAGACGCCCUACAAAUGCUCUGAGUGUGGGAAAACCUUUAAUCGGCACUCACAGCUUAUCACACAUCAGACGAUCCACACAGGUGAGGCACUCUACACAUGCUCUGAGUGUGGGAAAAACUUCAGUUGGCGCUCACACCUUAUCACACAUCAGAGAAUUCACACAGGAGAGAUGCCUUACACAUGCUCUGAGUGUGGGAAAAGCUUCAGUCGGAGCUCAGACCUUAUCACGCAUCAGAGAAUCCACACAGGAGAGAAGCCCUACGCAUGCUCCAAGUGUGGUAAAAUCUUCAAUAGGCGCUCAAACCUUAUCACACAUCAGAGAAUCCACACAGGAGAGAAGCCUUACACAUGCGCCAAGUGUGACCUUAUCACACAUCAGAAAAUCCACACAGAUGAGACACUCUACACAUGCUCUGAGUGCGGGAAAAACUUCAGUUGGCGCUCACACCUUAUCACACAUCAGAGAAUCCACACAGGAGAGAAGCCUUACACAUGCUCCCAGGGGCGCCUCGCCCUGGUCAACGGCUGCCGGCCACGGAGCCCGGCAAGCCCAGCGCCGCCCCGGGGGCCGACGAGCCACCCGCAGCCGGGCAGCCCAGGCGCCCCCUCCCUGGUCAGGGAGCGCAGCGGCCGCCCGCCGGUCGCGCUGCGCCGGCAGCCGCACCCAGGGUCACCUCCCCGAGCAACUGGCAAGCCGCAGGCCCCCGUGCCCGGCAGAGCCGCACCAGGGCCCCCGCCGGGGUAG